AUGGCCGAUGCGGGAUUGCGGGACAUUGAUCUUGGAGGAAUCUUCGUCCGAUCGCGGUACCGAUGCUCCUUUAAGCGCGAGAUGCAGGGGCCCGCUGCAAUCAUUUUCGUACCGCACGUGCUUGGUGUAGUUUACCCUGAGGUCAUCGUCGCUGGUGAAGAGCUCGGCGCUUCGGCAUUCGCGUCCCGGGGUCUGUUCCCCAACUUCGACUCUGAGCUGGGAUGA